AUGGUAUUCGGACUCGGAUUAUUGGUCAAUGCGGUCCUUGUGGCUAUUCCGAUCGGAGGAAGUGUUGGGACUUUGAUGGGUAUUGAUGCUCACCGAGCUGCGACGGGACAGAAGCCUCUAUUCUCCGGGCAUAAUGAGGACAGCAUCGGCCACGGAGGUGGUGGAGGAGGCAGCGACAGUACUGGUGACGGCGGCAAUCAUCCUGGCACCUCUGGCGAUGGCAUUCAAAUCAAGCAAUACUGUGACAAGUCUUGGGGAAUCACGCCACCGUCGAAGACAGAACAAUAUACCCUGAACCCUAAUCAAUGGGGAGUGACAUCGGAUACGACAGGAAACGGACUCUGCAUGAAUGUCACAACCUUCAACAACCAGACGUAUGCACCGCAGACUGCUCCCCAGUUCACGAUAACUUGGCAAUUCGACCAGGGCCCAGAGAACGCCCCCGUCCAUGGAUACCCGAACAUCCGCGUUGACGAUGUCUUGCCGAAGGCGUUGGAUGAAAUCUCUGAGUUGAAUCUGGACUUGCAUUGGACGUACGGUCUCGGCGACGAACCCGCGGAAUCAACGGACGUGCAGACGUUGAAGGAUGAAAACCUCUCCACGAACGUCGCCAUCGAUAUGUUUUUGGACAGCGAUGCCGAGAUCGCCAAGAAUGGAAGCAAUGCUAAAUUCGAGGUCAUGGUGUGGUUCUGGAUGUCAUCCGAGACUGCUCAGCCUCACGGUUGGGGGAAACCAGUUAUCAAACGAAAUGUGGAAGGGACCACAUUUACACUUUACACCGGCGCGAAUGAGCACCAGCAGCAGGUCUUGUCCUGGGUUACGGAAAAUAUGACAGAGAGGUUUACUGGCGACAUUUACCCUCUGAUCACUGAUCUCUAUAACCUGCCAGGCGAUAAUUACCCGGCUAAGAAUGACUAUCUCGGCAGUCUGAGUUUCGGAACAGAAGCUUACUCUGUCGACAAGAAUGUCACAUUCUGGGCUGAUGAGUACAAGAUUGACAUCAAAACUUUGGGAUGA